CGUCUGUUUUUGUGUGUCGUCUGCGUUCACGUCUCUUCGCUCCUCGCUCGGACUUGCGGUUUUCAUUUGAGGAAAUUUUUUGGAAUUUUUAUUUUUUCGCUGGCUCGAAAUUUAUACGCUAUUAAAAGGUGAAUUUUCGGUGAUUUAGAGUGCUUUCGGUUGUGCCACGGUGUGACGCAAAGAAUUAUCGUGGAAAAGAGCACAGAUUCCGUUUGUACCGACCGAAGAAGGAAUAGGAGAGCCCUCGAGAAGCAGCAGCAGCAGGAAGAGCAAUCCGCAUGGAUCAACAAAGCGGAAGUGGCCAGUGGCAGCGCCGUCCCGAAGCGAGCUUUGCCCCGCUGAGGUCUCCCCGAGCAGGCAACAACCUCUCCGCAGACGCGCCGGUAUUCGUGCCCAAGAAGCCCUCCCCGCCGCAGCAGCAGCAGCCUCAGUACGGCGGUGGUCACCACUCGCGGUUCCGAGGGGACAACGGCGGAGGAGGGAGUGGCGGAGGCGGAGGACCGUACGGCGGAGGAUCGAUGCCACACUUUGGCCACGAAGGUGCCUCGAACGGCGGACCAGCGAUGGUCAACGGCGGCGGCACGGACAUAAUCGCCAAAACGAACCUCAACGAUCGGCUUCGGAAUCUGCAGAUCAACGGGCCGGGCCCGGCGAUGGGACAUCACAGCUAUGGCGAUAAUAAGGAUAUACGUAACUCCUACAACCACCAUCACCAGCAGCCACAAUUCCCGAACCAGCACUACCCUCAGCAGCAGCGAAUGGCGCCCCACCAGCAGCAGCAGCAGCAGCCGCAGAUUCCGGGCCUGCACCACCAGGGCGGUUUCCCGGGUGGCUUUCCGGUGACUGGCAUGGGUUACUCGUCGACGGCGCUCAACAAUCACCUGCACCAUCCGAUCCUGGGUGGAAUGGCCUCGGCCAUGGAUAAUCGUGGCGGUGGAGGAGGUGGUGGCGGCGGCGGAGGUGGCAAGAACAAUUCCGCCGUCCGGAACCGGCUGCAGAAUGCGCAGCAAAAUGCCCAGCAGAUGCAUCACCAUCAGCAGCAUCAGCAGCAGCACCACCAGCAGAAUCACUAUCAGAACCAGAACCACCACGGCGGAAAUCGGCACAACAACCACAACAAUCAUCACGGAGGCGGUGGUGGUGGUGGCCACGGCCACGGCAUGGGCAACGAUUACGGCGGCGGGCCGGAUGGCGAUGCGGAACAGAUCACGGAGAGCGAAACGAUGGCGCUGGACUACCUGACCGAGGUGAUUGCCGAGCUGUACGACAACCCGGGCAUGUUCGAGAACAUCCAGCGAAAGCUGAAGGCCACCUUCGUCGAGUUCCGGGGCAACAACUUUGUGCUGAGCAACGCCGUCGAGAUGAUCUUUGAGCAGUCAAUCAAGGAGCAAAACUUCCGCUACAUGGGCGCCCGCCUCUGCCAGCUGCUGGACAGCCUGGACGACAGUCCGUCGAGCGUGCUGCGGCAGCUGCUGAGCAUGAAGAUGGAGCACCAGCAGAGCGAGCUGCUCAUCUACCUGCAGCAGGAGCAGAUCAAGGUGCGCGGCACCACGCUCUUCCUGGCCGAGCUGUACAUGCAGCUGCGGAAACCGCACGACAAACGUAACGGCGAGAUCGCCAUGCGGAUCACGAGCGCUGCCAAAAUUCUGCUCAGCAAGGAGGGCCCCGAGAACAUCAAGUGUGUCUGCCAGUGCUUAAAGCUCUGCGGCUUCGAGCUGGAACGGGACCGCCGGGAAGACCUGACGAGCAUCCUGGCGCAGCUGGGCCGGCUGGAGGGUUCGAUCGACAACUCGACGGGACGCUUCGUCCGCUCGGUACUGGAACUGCAGCAAAAGUCGUGGGGCCGCAGCGAGGAAGUUGUGCCCCAAGCCAACCAAUCCCUGUCGGAUUCCGCCUGUGACGAGUUCAACGAUAGCCCGGUAUUUUACGGUCCGGACGGUUCGAUUAUGACGGAGGAGGAGAACGAGUUCCUGGACAUGGCCGCCCCGGUGACGUUCGAGGAGUUUGACGACGACGAAGACCCGGAUGAGCUGGUGGACGACGAGAACAUGGACAUGGAAAUCAAGAUGGCAUUUAAGGACUUUGUGGCCCACACCAAGAACAGGCAGCAGCCGCCCUACUAGUAGGCGCUGGAGGUGGCCAUUGCCGCUGCUCGUACCGCCACCGUCGUCGCCGGUUCCAGGAGCAACUCUUGGAUCGGCAACCGGCGGAUCCGUCUCUAGGUGGCGCGCAGCGGCAGCAGCAGCAGCUAACCGCAAGCAAACAAGCAAAAAAAAAAAAUCUACAUUCAGAUCGAUAUCCUAUUUUUAGCUAUUUAGUUUUAAGGUUAAAAGUAUCGCAAAACGCAAAAGAAAAAUAAGCAGAUUGUGAAAUUUUCAAAACCGCCGACCCAGCGUCGAAACUUCCCCUCCCACAACCGACAGUUACACGAGCACACAGACAAACACACUCACACUUACACACUAAACUAACAGAAUAUUUGAUCAAAGCCGCCCCCAAACAGAGAGAGAGAAAGUUCAAAAGCAUUCAGGCAUGCCCACAAUUCCGCACUUCCACGCCCAAUUUAUUGUGUUUAUUUUUGAUUAUUUAAAGAACAAAAAAAAGGAAGAAUUGAUGUAAUUUUGUCAUUGUGAGAAUUAAAUUAUACAUUGAAAACAAACGCACCACCAUCCGUUCUACUUUAAAAAAAUCCAGCCAGCCAAACCGUACUGUGAGCAGCUAAAAUCCUAGUUUCAAAAUCCCAGUUUCGCCGUUCAAAAUUGUUCCAAAGAGAUUUACGCAUUUUUGCUUAGUCACGAGAAAAAAAGAAAAAGUACUGCCGCCGCCAUUUGUUGAAAGAUUUCGUGUGACGAUUGCUUUAAAAACUAACUGAAAGAAUGAAACAAAAAACUAUUCGGAACUAACGAAACUAGUAGGUGCUGUUUGCUAGUUGUUGAGGCCAUUGAACCGGUGAACGAAUUGAGAAUUAUCGAAUGAAGAAACAAAAAAAAAAAAACAAGAACGAGUAGCAACAAAAGGAAAGCUGGAUUUACAAAACACUACCUACACAAAUACAAAUCACACAACACACAGACAGACACACGCAGCAGCAGCAGAAAAAAAACAAAACAAAAAUAUAAACCGAUGUGGAUUUUACCAUACCUAGAAGAGAGCUCAGCAAAGCGAAACAACAAAAAAAA